CAGUCCUCUCGCUCACCUCGUGCGAAGCGCACGCCUCUCGCGACACAACCAGUGCCGGAAAAAAACAGUUCAAUUUUUUUAUUUAGAAAAAAACCGUGCUGUGUUUUGGAAAAUUCUAAGAUAACAUUGGAUUUUUAUUUCUGUCCAUGUUUUUACACGAAUAGCUGAGAAACCAGCGUACUGCGCUUUCUUCUUCCUACUAGAUCUCAUAAUGAGGUGUCUGUGAUCUUAGUCAUCGGGCGCGUGCGUCGCCUACGUUCACGAUGACGUCGGAGCGAGCCAUCCCCCACCUGAGAGACAUCUUCGGUCUCAACCAGCAGUACGACGCCAAGAGCUUCGACGACAACGAUGACAAAACUAAAAAGUCCAAGAAGAAGAAGGAGGACUUCCGGACGUACGCCAACGGCGACGUCAAGACCCUGGAGAGGCACCUCAGUAUGAAGAAGACUAUCAGGAAAAAGAUUAUGCGUGACCUUCAGCAGGCGUUCGUUGAAGACCCUAACGAGUUUAAGGUCGAGAACACGAGCCCUGAGAAACUGAAGGCUGAGUUGAGCGCGGAAGCUGUGAAAAUCGAGAAGAAUGUUCGCAAGAACGACCCGACGUUCCUGGACAUCCUAAGAGGGGAGACGCGAGGCGAGGAGGCGAGGGAGGAGCAGCCGCCGGCCGAGAAGACCAGCUUCUGGCGGCGGCUCACCAUGAAGAACAAGAACAAGAGAUAGACGCGAGCCGAGCCGCGCCGCCCCGCACCCGCCAGCCCGCCCGGCAGCCGCGCGGCCGCCCGCCCGCCAGCCGGUAUCCUUUACUAUUUAUUGUGACCUUUUGAUCACACGAUCUGUACUGAGGCGUAUUUGUGGACUUUUUUGUCAUCUUUACAUAACAUUUUAUAUCUGUACGCAUAAUAAUAUAUCGUUAUAUUGCUUAUGAAUCCUUCUAGUUGUUAUAAUAAAGUCAGAUAUUAUAAGCUUACGAGAGAUUUUUGAUAGGCGACAAGAAGUUAGUAUAAAUUUUGGUGGGAGCGGAGCGGCGUGUUAAGUAUCAUCGGCUAUUGUUACUUAUUAUAAAAAGAUAUCUCGUUCUACAUGUGAUGUAACGUUAAGUUGUCUAAGUUAAAUGUAAGUGUAUGUAGACUAAGUAUUUCGUAAGCGGCGAUUGUAUAAGGUAGGCUCGUGGCAAUUCCUUGUUGUGACAAUUUUUAAUUAUUAUAAUGCAAUAUAAAUAAUUUUACACAUUCA